UAUGUGUGUGUGUCUCUCUCUGUGUGUGUAGGGGGUGUAAAGCCAGCCUGUAGAAGGGCCCCUAGCGCCAGACAUCAGUAUUGGCCUGGCUCGCUCGUCUCACUAUCGUCUCUACGUCUUGAACAUCGCAGUGUUGUUUCAGCUCGGGCGUUUAAUGGACCUCCUCUCUCUGCGCUCUUGACGGACUACACUCACCAAUUUGCCUCGUAUUUUUGUUCCACGCACUCUCCGUCUCUCCACUGCGGGGCCUCUGUCAGUUUUUUAGCUGGAGAAAAGUGGGUGUUUGCUGCUCACUGGUGUUUCAGCGGCGAUAAGUGUACUCGAUGGCUGGCUGGAAGGACGGAUCAGUGCAGGAGAAGUAUCGCCUGGUUGUGGUCGGGGGCGGUGGUGUCGGCAAAUCGGCCCUCACUAUCCAGUUUAUCCAGUCAUACUUCGUCACUGACUAUGAUCCAACCAUUGAAGACUCCUAUACCAAGCAGUGUGUGAUAGAUGAGAGGGCGGCGCGUCUUGACAUCCUAGACACGGCUGGACAGGAAGAAUUUGGAGCCAUGCGAGAACAAUACAUGCGCACAGGGGAGGGCUUCCUGCUCGUCUUCUCAGUCACUGACAGAGGAAGCUUUGAAGAAAUUUACAAAUUCCAAAGACAAAUUCUCAGAGUCAAAGACAGAGAUGAAUUUCCCAUGAUCCUUGUAGGCAAUAAAGCAGAUCUGGAGCAACAGCGACAAGUAACCCAGGAAGAAGGGCAGCAGCUAGCCCGACAGCUGAAGGUCACGUACAUGGAAGCCUCAGCUAAAAUCCGUAUGAAUGUAGACCAGGCUUUUCAUGAGUUGGUUAGAGUAAUAAGAAAGUUUCAAGAACAAGAAUGUCCACCUUCACCAGAGCCUACGAGGAAAGAGAAAGACAAGAGCGGGUGCCACUGUGUGAUUGUGUGAGUGGCCUUAUUUCACUGUAACAGCCCUCUGCCCCACUGCUCUGCCUCACGCAUCCUCUGAGGAUGACUGCCUUCUCACCUGCAUGACUCCAGACAGAUCUGUUCCUCUCACCAGGAACCACUGUCCCAGGACAUCUGUAUGGACAACAGACAAUGCCAAAUUAACACCACUUUACCUUCAGGUGUAUAAAGUCCAACACUAAACAAUGCCUUGUGAAAUCUGCUCGACAACUUCAUCUUUUGUACUCUGAAGGACCUUUCUUGCCUUGUAGUGACCUUUGUACCUGCUACCAGUGAGUGAAACUAUAUAUCAAGAAUGUUAAUGACUUCUUAGUUGCCUCUUCUGACUCACAGAGAGGCGAUCAAAUGAAGCCUUGUGUACUUUGUGCCAUAUCCCCCUUUACUCCCAUGUGCUUAUCUGCUACUGUAUAUAUGACUUUUUUGUGAUUUUACAAAGUGUAUUUCAUGACUGAUUAAAUCACCACAGUACAGUGUGUGAGGAUGAUUUUGGUUUGCAUAUAUGAAACUGAAUAUGAGUUUGUAUAUACAGUGACAUUAUAAUACCUUGUCAGCCCUUAAGCCCGCUCCUGUGUUAAAGCUGUUUUCUACAGCAUCUUUUUUCUUUGUCUAUAACUUUUACUUCAUCUCAAUCGUCAAAUCAUGGGUGUCUACUGUAUUUGAUUUUAAAGUCUUAGAGGAUGUAGGAUUCAUAUUCAGCACCUGUUAAAUGUACAGAAAUAUCAAAAGUUCAAACAUAUUAAACUAGACAUCCGGAACACAGUGGUAGCACAUUUUCUAGCUUUUACAUGUUUUAAUUCAAGCUCUGAAUAUUGUAAAUGAUUAUAUGUGUUAAUCUUAGACUCAUACAGCUAGACCCCAUCACUUGAGUCCAGAUCAUUCCAAAACUGUAAUCUCUAUGAAACAUUUCAUUGAUGUCCACAACAAAUGUAUUAUCAUUCCACUUUGUAUUUGUCCUUGCAUUCUGCAGAACUUGUUGUAAACUUGUGUCAUUUGUAACAAGGACAGCAUUGAGAUCACUGCAUAAACUCCAGUAGGACCUGUACUCCUCUGUGCCGCUGUGGAGUCCCACCACACAAAGUGCUGUUAUAGCCUCCUCGGUACUUCUGCUUGGCCAUAAUGAAGUACUGACAUCUGUCGCCUUGUCAUCUUGUAAUAUAACCAACACACAUCAGAUGGUGGAAGUAUGGACUUGAGUAAAUGUUUCUACUUUUAUACAUUAUUUUCUUAUGAAACUAGUAUUUUUAUAUGUUUAUAAGUGAAUACACAUCCGCAGCUCAGCUGUAUCUAUAUGUAAAGAGGAAUAUUUAAUUCUCUGUUUUAAACUAAAGAUUACUGUUGGCCCUAAUUUAGAUAAUUUGAUAUAAAAUAUUCCUACUAUAAAAGUAGAAGAGUAUAUUUAUCUGGGGUUAGCUUCAGCUUGGUGUAAAAUGGUGAGGCCCAGUUUGAGAUUAUUCUUUUUGAUAAUGUACUUUACACAAGAGCUUUAAUUAAAUAUUAUAUUAUUGCCAUGGUCCAUCCUGUUGAAAAUUGUACAUUGAAAUCAUAAUGUGUUUUUUUUUUUUUUUUCCACAACAGUGUUGCCUGUGUUUAGCGUUUUCAUGCUAAAAUAAAACUACAAAUAUGA